CGUGAGAGCAGCAUGGACCCGGAGACGCUGGAGGACUUCAGGGAGAUGUCCAAGGUGGAGAUCCUGAGGGGGAUCGUCACCGAGAGGCUGGCCGCCGCCGCGCAGGAGAUCUUAGCGGUGGUGGAGAGAACCGUAGCCGGUUACGAGGAGGAGGCUUCGGGCUUCAGGCAGCAGAUCGAGCGGCAGAGGAGGCAGCUGGAUGUCCUGCUGCAGCACCAGAUCAAACUCACCAGAGUAGACGAGCUGGAGCUGCAGCCUGGGUGUGAGGAAGAGGAGGCUGCUGGAGGUGACGCCCCUGAAGAGGAAGAGCAGGACCUGCAGCAGCCAAGUGAGAACAACGGCAGCCUCGGCGUCUUCUGCUACGGCGAGGAAGAGGAGGAUGGAGAUGAAGAGGACAGCCGGCCGGGUCAUCACGUACCAUCAAGGCGGUCGAGGACGGGGACUCCGAGGACUUGUUGGAUCGUUCUCAGGAUCUGCCUGCUGGACCCCAACAUCACUGUGAUCUCAGCGCUGAAGAAGCACAAAGUGCAGACAGUGAAGUGUCCACGUGGCCUUCAGGAGGCAGACUUCAUGCGCCUGCUGAGGUCCAGGUUCCCUCAGCUGGCAGGAGAAAGAGCCUUUGACGUCUUCACGGCCGACUCCUCCAAGAACCUUCACCUGCUGAACCUCAAGACGCUGACGCCAGAGCAGAUCUGCAGAUCCAUCAAGUCCACCGGGAAGGGACGAGCAGACCUGUACAUCUGUCCCAAGGUGGCAGAGGAACAGCUUCACCUUCAACAGAAUAAAGACGAAUCCAGUGAAGUUUCACCGUCCACCUCCACUGUGAUAAUGACAAGUGAUCAGACCAAGCUCCAUCACAGCAGUCCAACUGACAGAGCAGAACAUGGCAAAGCAAAUCACAGCUCAAGAACACAACAGCUGAUGGGAACAGAGGAAGCUGACGAUGGAGACAUUUGCGGAGGAUGGCAGGCGAUCGAUGAUAUUCCGAUGCUCGCUGCCAAGAGCGAACAGGACACGAGCGAUGACGAUGCCAAUCAUAAUGACGCAGGCAGGGAGGGCGAAGGAGAUAAGGAUUGGAAACCGGAGAAGGCUGAGAGUGAACCCGAGCCUCAGUCACCAGGCACAAAGAGCGAGCGGAAAGCCAAGGGUUCUUGUUUCAGGGCCAUGAGCGGGGAGUCAGUAAAAUCAUCCUCAGAGACAAACGACGGUAAUCCCGUUCUGUCCUGUAAGGUGUGUGGAACUCUGCACAGGUCGCACAUCCUGAUCAGACACUCCUGGAGUCACGUGGACGAUCCAGAAUGUGUUUGCGGGUUCUGCGGAGAAUGCUGUGAGUCCUCCGAGGCGCUGAGGGCUCAUCUUCAAAGUCACCGAAAAACUUACAACUGUCCUGUUUGCGGGAAAUCGUUCCUCCUCAUGCACGUGCUGAAAAAUCACUUCUCCUUGCACACAGGCAAGGCGCCUCACAAGUGCGAUGUUUGUCAUAAAGUGUUUACUCUGAAAUCAAGAUUGAAAAGUCACCAGUGGAUCCACUCUGCGGACAAACCACACAAAUGUGACAUUUGCCAGAAAAUGUUUGCUCUGAAGGUGCAGCUUGAAGUUCACCGCAAGAUCCACACCGAGAAGUCGUUCCACUGCAGCGUGUGCGGCAAAUCCCUGUGCGACCUCCGCUCUUUAUCCCGCCACAAGCUGACGCACACCGGGGAAAAGCGCCACGGCUGUCAGGUUUGUGGGAAGCGGUUCUUGCUUCCCAAAGGACUGAGGCAGCACGAGAAGAUUCACACGGUCAGAGAGAAACCACAUCUCUGUGAUGUUUGCUGCAAAGCAUUUUGCACAAACGGUGAGUUGAAGACUCACAUGCGGACGCACACCAAGGAGAGGCCAUACCGCUGCAGCGAAUGUGGAAAGAGCUUUUCGACGAACGGAGCCCUGGCCGGUCACGUGAGGAUCCACACCGGGGAGAGACCAUACAGCUGCUCCGAAUGCGGGCGGUCCUUCAAGCGGAGGUGCCACCUCACCGACCACCUGAGGGUCCACUCGGGCCAGAAGCCGUUCGUCUGCGGGGUUUGUGGGAAGGCGUGCUCGCGCCCCACCCACCUGACCUUCCACAUGAGGACACACAGCGGAGAGAGACCCUACCAGUGCACUCUGUGUGAGAGAGCCUUCACUCAGAGCCACUGCCUCAAAACUCACAUGAAGAGCCACCAGGGGGCAGAAAACUGA